GAACAAAAAUUUUUCAUUUGAGGCUUUGUUUUCGAGAAAAUCGACUUUGAAUUUUUGCUCGGUACGCGUACACUUUAUCACGUCUCAUUAUAACGGAUCUCACUGUAGAUCGUUGUCUCGUUUGACGUUAUGUUGAUAAACACUUCCAAUGUGACCGAAGUGUUUUCCUACCUAUUAACUUACUAUUCGACUUUUAUCGCUAUCCACUAUCAGUACCUAUUAGUCUACCAUCAUGUCUACAUACAGCAAUCAGGAAUAUACUGACAUGAUACUUUUGCUAGGUGCGUGUAAUGGUAAUGCAUCAGCCGCAGCUGAUCAUUACAGACACCGGUAUCCCAAUCGUCGACAUCCUGGCAAACGUGUUAUUCAAAGAGCAGAACGAACCCUCGACGAAUAUGAUUCUUUUGAAAAACUUAGACGACAUGGUGGUCGUCGACGACGCGUUAGUGUAAAUGUUGAAGAGCAAAUACUAAAGGACGUUUUGGAACAUCCUGACAUAAGUGCAAGAAAAUCCUGA